AUGAGGAAACUGAGGCUGGGAACAGGAAACGACUUGCCCAAGAACAGCGUUGGCUGGGCCCUCCCAUCCCACGCCGCCUGGGCGGGGCUGCAGCGAGGCUGGGCCCCGGGCGAGGGAGGCGGCCUCAGUCUUGGUCCGCUCCCCGGCGACAUGGACCCUGCACGCCACAGGGGGCCCCCGGGCGACGCGGAGCCGGUGCCGCUGGAAGAGUUCGUGCGCGCUCUGGAUCCCGCCUCCCUCCCGCGCGUGCUGCGCGUCUGCUCGGGGGUCUACUUCCAGGGCUCCAUCUACGAGAUCUCUGGGAAUGAGUGCUGCCUCUCCACAGGGGACCUGAUCAAGGUCACCCAGGUGCGCCUCCAGAAGGUGGUCUGCGAGGGCCUGAAGGUGGGUCAGACCAUGGAGCUGGCCCCCAACUUCCAGGGCCACUUCAGCCCCCUCACUGGCCCCCAGAGCUACAAAACCCUGGAGGAGCUGGUCACUGCAGCAAACCAGAGCUGCAAGCCACUGCCCCUUUACUUCAUGUCAGCCUGCAGCAUCACAGUCAAAGGCACGGUGGUGCCCAAGAACCAGCCCCUCACCUUGGAGGCGGUGGAGAUGCACCUUGGAACCUGCUGCGCCCGCUGUGUCCUGAGCACAAGCAGCCAGCAGGCCGUUGUGCACCUGCCCCUGUCUCAGAAGGGGCUCUUCUGGCAAUGGGAGACUGGUGCCCCCAGGAGCUUGCUCCAGGCCCUGCAGGACCCCACGCUGAGGAACCUCCCCGUCUCCUGCCCCACGCUACCCUUGAGCACACUCAUCCUGAGGCCCCAGUAUGAGGUCCACGCCAUCAUGCACAUGCGCAGGACCCUGGUCAAGAUCCCGUCCACGCUGGAGGUUGACGUGGAGGACGUCACCGCCUCCUGCCAGCACAUUCACUUCAUCAAGCCGCUGCUGCUGAGUGAGGUCCUGGCCAGGGGAGGCCCCUUCCCGCUGCCCGUGGAGGUCCUGGAGGUCCCCGAGGGCCCCCCCAUCUUCCUCAGCCCAUGGGUGGGCUCCCUGCGGCGCGGCCAGAGACUCUACCUCUACGGCCCGGCCUCGCCCUCCUGGCGGGUGCUGGCCACCAGCAAGGGCCGCAAGAUGCCCAGGCACUUCAUGGUCUCGGGGGGCUAUCAGGGCAGGCUGCGGAGGCGGCCCCGGGAGUUCCCCACGGCCUACGACCUCCUGAGCGCUCUCCAGCCGGGCAAGCCUCUCCGGGUGGUGACCACCAGGGACUGCGAGGGCGAGGACAACCCGGAGUUCGCCUCCCUGGCGGUGGGCGACAGGCUGGAGGUGUUGGGGUCCGGCCAGGCCUUUGGGGCCCACGGCAGGGACAUCGAUGUCCUGGUGUGUCAGCGGCUGAGCGACCCGCCCGGGGAGGACGAGGAGGAAGAGGAGCAGGAAGCGGGGCAGGAAGCCGAGGACCAGGAGAGGGUCCUGCUGCCCCUCUACCUGUCUGGCGGCUUCGUGGAGGAGAUGAACGACGGGAGGCGCUAUGGCCUGGCGGAUCUGACUGCUCAGUGCCCGCUGCCCUGUGAGGUCAAGGUGGUGGCCAAAGACCCCAGCCAGCCCACCGACCCCCUGACUUCCUUCCCGGGCCUGCGGCUGGAGGAGAAGCUCCUGGAGCCCUUCGUGGUGGUCGGCCUGGACGGCGAGCCCGAGCUGUGCUUUGAGGUCCCGCCCCGAUGGCUGGAUCUGACCGUCGUGGAGGUGGAGGCUCAGCCGGGCCGGCCAGCUGGGCCUCCCCCCGUGGCCACGGUCGAGGAACUGACUGAAGCCUUCUACUAUCGCCUGCGGAAGUUACCGGCCUGUGAGAGCCAACUGCCGCCCCCCCGACCCCCCAAGAAGCCGGAGCUCGGUGGGCAGAAGAGACCGAGCAUCCGGGAGGGAUGCAGCCAGUCUCAAGCCCCUCUGCUACCCAGACCCAAGGCAAAGACCUUGCUCGAGUUCUCCAGGGACAAAUCCAGCAUGUACAGCAAGGUGUCUUCCCAAAAGAACUCCAGAGCAGCGCCCACGAACCCCAACAGCCAGGAUUCAGAUGACGGACACGAUUAUGAGGAAAUCCUUGACCACUUACGGAAAACCCUGUAGGUGCUCAAGGAACCAUCCUGCCUCCGAUGCUUCUCAGCCAUUCCCAGAGCUGACGAGCAGGGUCACAAGCCUUUAAGACUGUGGCCAAGGCUUCGUGGACAUCAGACUGCAUACGGGAUGGAUGGCUUUGCAGGGGAGACCUGAGCGGGGGCAGGCACCGCCCCAGCUUCCAUGGGGCCCUCGGCUCCUGAACACAGGGCUGCUUCAUCCAGCACGGUUCCCUCAACCUCUGGCCUCGGAGCCUGGCAUCCAGAGGAGCCAGACGGGUUGGACUUCAGACUGAAUCCUCUGGUCAGUGUAGAAGAAUCCGAGGCGGCCAACCUUCUGCCAACUGCUACCGGGUCCUGAUCACACCGGAUUGUGAGCCGUUUCUGUUUGACUACCCUCCUUCCCAUCAAGGCUUUAAGUCCCCUAGAGGCCGGAUUCUCUCUUCCCUCCCCUGCCUUUUCAUCUUCCCACCUAAGAGCUGUCCUCGAGACCCAUUCGAAUGGCACCAGAGGAGCCUGAGGAGGAGGGUAGUGCCCUGGAGCCAAGCAAGAGGCUCUUUUCCUAGAUGAGCUAGGGACAAGUUUCUCUGUGGCAGGGGACAUGCAGGGGCCAGGCCAUGUGCAGAAUGUGGUUUGCACCUCCACUUCUCUUGCACACAUCACAGAGCCAAGAGUAGCAGCAGAACUAUAAAGUGGGGGGGACUGGAGGGGGGGUAUCACUUCCCACAAAAAGGCCUUUGUCUAUAGUGAGGUGAAACACUGCACAAUAGGGACGUCUGGGCUUCAAAGAAAACCACAGCUGUUCUUUGUUAUCAAGUGCAGUGGGGUCUGCAGGGAAUGGGCACAGCAGACACCCCCUGCAGGUAGGGUGUUCUAACUGUAAGCGGUGCCCACUGAGGAGCACACACCCUUGGGCACAUGAGAUCACCUCCUAGGGAGAACCGCUAGUACAGCUCUGCUAGUUUUCAUGUACUAUCCCUGUUUUCAUGUCGGC